AUGCCCACCGAGACCAGUGGACGGCCACUGUUGCCCCAGACGGCGCAGAUGCAGAGCUUCACGUUCGCGCCGCCAACACUGGCACCGCGCGAGAACCAGCGCAACUAUGUAUUUGUGGAUGAGCAUAACAGACAUAAGCGACUGAAAGCUUGCAUCCGUCUCAAACUCAACUGCGUGCCGCCGACUGUCAGCUACGACAAGGACUUUAACGGCUCGCAAGAGUACGAAAUUGAUUCGAAGCCAAUUCAAUAUGGCUCGCCAGACGACCCGUCCCAGCACGACUACCAGUCUCAUCCGUCCAUGCCACACGGCAUGCACCACCAAAUGCCGCCUUCGAUGCCAACACCUGUCUCGGCCAUGUAUCAGACCUCGCCAUAUGCCAACCAACAAUCGCAAGAGUCCCUCCAGUAUCAGUCCAUGUCGCAGCCUCAGGUUGUUCAGCAAAGCAUGGGCUAUCCUGCAUCGCAGGCGUACUCGCAGUCCUCAGCACCCCCGCCGGCCAUGACAAUGACCCCACCAGAAUCGGAGCCCAACUGGCGCAGCGACUCGGUGUCGAGCAUCACAGAUGCGCUGGGCGAGCUUAAGAUCGACCACACGGCAAUCGAAACACCAGCGCAGGAAGAGUACGAAGUGCAACUACCUGCGUCAGUCAGUUUGGACCACACUGUUCGCGUACCCCCGGAGAUGAUGCCAGCUGAGGAGCAAGCACUACAGUACUUUGACUACUUCUUCACCAACAUUCAUCCAUAUUGCCCAGUCAUCAACAAGGCGUACUUUUAUCAACAAUGGCAGAGCGCGCGAGACUCGAUCUCGCCUUUGAUGCUUGAGGCAAUUUUUGCAUGCUCGACUUUGAUGAUGGGUGACAUCGAAGAGGGCAGCAAAUGGCUAGCGCUAGCGACAAAGCAUGAGGAGAGCUUCAAGGACGUUUCGCGACUGAGUACCAUGCAAGCCAUGGUACUUCUGUUGAAGGCGCGAGAGGCUUCACCAAAGCGAGGGUACUUCUGGCGUUCUUGGAUGGCUACGGUCAGCCUCGUUGCGAUGGCAAAAGACCUAGAAUUGCAUGACCACUACGACACGCACCGCAUGGGCAAAUCUUGUGGUUCAACAGGCCAUGACUGCAUCGCUAAGACGAGGGUAUGGCAGAUGUGUCUUAUCUUCGAGGCCAUGAUUGGAGGUCCUCAAGGACGGUAUGACUAUUCAGUCGAUCCUGAGACUGUUGACUACGACAUGCCGAGGCUGGUCCCUGGCCAAGAUGCCACAGAGUUCCAAAUCGCUCGUCAGUUUGUUCAAUACACUCGCGUUGCCAAGAAUGUCUAUCAGACAGCGUCAUUGUAUGGCAAGUUGAGGAAGAAGAGUGCCGACUGGGCUCUGAGCCCUGCCUUCCUGGGCCACAACGCAGACUUCUCAGUAUGGUUGCGAGAAAUACCGGAUGACAUGCAGAUCGUAUACCCACAAGAUGGCACGGCACCCUGGAUCCCAUCCCACAUGAUUGCAAACAUGCAUUGCUACCACUUCCUGUCGAUCGUCAUGCACUUCCGUCCUCAACUGCACGCGGUGUCGGAGAACUACGAUGGAACCUGGAAGCAGCAUAUGAUGACCUGUUACUCGGCGGCAAAGACAAUGUGCAAGCUUCAAGAAAGUAUACUUAAGACCUACGGCAUGCCAGGGCUGCUUUGCAUGCUCAGAGGUAUCAGCUUCCACAUCUAUGCUGUGCUCACAUGUACCAUGCUGCACUUGGUCGCCAUCACUUGCCCCGAUCCCGACAUACACGGCGACGCCAGGGAGUUCUUUGUACGACACAUGCGUAUUCUCGAGACCUGUGGGCCACACUUUCCCAUGCCGGAGAUGCAGCAGCAGGUCAACAGCCUCCGUCAGGCGUUUUCUGCUGACAUCAGCAAACCAUUCGAGAUGAAGCCAACGUUUCCAUUCGGAAGCCCUCAGGUGGCUCCACAAUCCAGUCCUCUGAGUAAUCAUGGUUCAUAUCGGUCUCGCCACCCGAGCCAAGCAUCGCCAUUGGAACAGCCAGGUCAGGUCAACUACCAUGCACAUCCCAUCACCCCACCAAUCUCGGCUUCCGACCGGGGCGCGAAGGCUGACUCUCCCGCAGCCCAGUCUCUGGUCAUGAUGGCAUCCGGUCAACGUGCACCCCAGUCAGCUACCGGUAUGCAACUGCAGGAGACUGCACAGUGGAAUCCCCAACGCAUCUUCGAGUAUGUAUACCCCACAGCAACAGCCAUCACAAGCACUAACAAGAUAUAG